UUGGGAGGAAUUUACAGUUUGUCUGUUCCGAAGCGUCGAAGAGUGCAGUGUGCCGCAGCCAGAGUUCAAGAUACAACACAGCAAAACCAGACAGCAAGCAGCGCGCAUAGCCUAUUGAACAAUUUGUGAAAACGCCGCAUUAAAACAGUCAACAAGAAAAAAAAGAAGGCAAAAAUAUAUUUUAAAAAAAUUACAACAAAAAUUAUAACAAUUUCGAAAGCUGCAAAAUCCGGCAAUUGUGCAACAUUCAAGAAAGCGCGCGCUUUUACCACCAAAAGGCAACGAAAAGCUAAAGAAAAGAACGCGAUUGAAGUGCAAAUUGAGUGCUGGAAUAUUUGUUUUCUUAAACGAAUCCUAAAUACAACGACACGACGCGUGUGUGAUUGUGCCACCGCCGUCUCUACGCGUGUCGGUGUGUUGUGUUUGCGUGUGUGCCACUGUCAGAUCCUGAGCCAGUGUGUGUGUGACAGCAAAUAGAGAGAAGGAAUAGGAAAGAAGGCACGAAGGCACAAGGAAAGUCCCACGCAAAAAGCCUGCCUGCCCCAUUGUUGUACCGGCAUUUUAAUGACGUCAUGUUCAGAAGCUGCUUGCAACACUAAAAGCCACAACUUCAACUCGCGCGUGUUUCGUACAGCAGCAAACAAAAUAAAUUAACAAAUACAAUUUAACAUACAACAAAAAAAAAAAACGAAGAAAGAAAACGAAAACGCAAAGAAACAACAAACAGCCAACAACAAUUCAAAUACAGCAGCACAGCAGCAACAACAACAACGACUGUCGUCGCAUCAUCAGCUGGAACUACCGAAAGAUAAUGUAAAAUCAGCUUAAACAGAAAAAAAACAAACAGCUGCGUCUAUCCAUAGAUUUAUAUAUACGCACACACACACGAGUGCCCAGCCCCACCCGCCGCCCCAGAAAUCAGCUAUCAGCUACAUCCUUCCACACCCCCGUCCCAAAAAACCAACGCGUUCUAGUCGCCAGCUAAAGUCUAAGCUAUUUGAAAGCUAUCCUAGAGCCGUAGACACACACACACACGAACAAACACACACACACAAAUCUCUAUCCAUAUAUAUAUAUACAUAAAAUAUCUGUAUCUGUAUCUGUAUCUGUCGAAUACAACGAUCAAAUGGCCAACGUUGUCAAUAUGAACAGCCUGUUCAACGCCAAGGACUCGCGCUGGCUCCAGCUGGAGGUCUGUCGGGAGUUUCAGCGCAACAAGUGCUCGCGCCAGGACACCGAAUGCAAGUUCGCCCAUCCGCCGGCCAAUGUGGAGGUACAGAACGGCAAGGUCACCGCCUGCUACGACAGCAUCAAGAGGGUAUUACGCGGGGUAUACAAGCCAGAUCUAAAACCAAGCCAAGGCUCAAACACAGGGUAUUCAAGGCUUCGUGGCCCUCGGAGGGCCAAGGCUUGUCCUGGACGAGUCCCCACUCGACUCCUUACAGCCCUUCAAGUGGCUACUUUUAUUUUUCUUGGGUUUAUAUUUUCUCCGUUCUCUGUUGUUGUAACGUGCGCGCCAUGUAAUUAGUGCCAUUUCUCGCAG